AUUCCCGCCAUUGUUGUUAAAUUUAUCAUGGCUGGCGGUGAGAAAUUUUACAACUUCUCAACUUCUCUCUUUCCGUGAUGGGCUAAAAGCCAUUCAAAAGGUUCUUUGCUUAUUUCUACGCCUUAUGUGGCAAGUUUUUCAUUCGUGCUGAAGGCUUUGUCUCGACAGCAUGGAUACAAGCGUGCCUAUCGUAACACUAGCUGGCAUCACGAGCCUCACCGAUCUACUUCCAGAGUUACCUUUUCCUGGGCCGUCAUCUUCCAGAAGGUCAAAUACUUUACUUCGUAGUCCAAAGGUUGCUGAAGAAGCCAGAGAAGUCCUCAAUCGACCCGACCGUUCGCUCGUCCAACAACUUUCUCAGGCACUGUGCAUUUCAAAGUCAACUUCAGACCAGUUGAUCUUGAAAGAUGGAACAAAUCAAGAUAAUAGCAUUUCAUACCAAGGAAGCCCACUUCUUCUUCAAGCAAUUAUUUCACAAACACCUAAUGUGUUUAAUUCUCAGCCAGUUAAAACUGUCUCUGAAAGCUACCAAGAUCCACAAGGUUAUUCUCCAGUGGGAUACAACCCCGUGUCUCCUCGGCAGCGAGGUAGUCCCUCUAAAGUGAGCUCACCAUUGUAUGCAGGUUCUCCAGGAGGGUUGCAGGCAAACUCACCUUACAUGAACUCACCAGAACAUGCAGCUAGUCUGCAGUUAAUGGCAUCCAGUCCUCACACUUUGAAAGCUCAAAGCCAUCCUGUAUCAUAUCCUCAAUACAGUGGAACUGCACAAGGUGCUCCCAACACUGUUAGACAGCCAAGAUCUGAGAGUGCUGCACAUGCAAAUGGAGGCUCGCCCAAUGCACCUUUGAUGCAACCUCAAAUUGUGCUGACUCCAACUCAGGCAUUUUCAUCAGUUAAGACAAGGCAUGGUAGACAGGCUCUCUCCAAGAGUGACCGACAGCAAAGUUCAAAUCAGAAUGUACCUAUUAAUGAUCAAGGUGUAUUAACAGCCCCUCAUCAUUGUGAGGGACAAAGAAACAUUGACUUGUCUACAACUGUACAAAGAAAUAUAAAUGAAACUGAAUUUUACUGCUCUCGUACUCAAGAUGGGACAGGAAGUGUUCAUAGUCAAGGUGUCUACGAUAGCCUCAGUGCUCUGGAGGCACUUGCAUCACAGAAUGGCUUUAAUUUUGAUCCUUCAGUUCUUGGACAAGCAUCACAGCAGCUUGCUGCAAUUAACGAAAAGCAAAGGAAUGCUCAUCUACUGGCUAGAACUUCUGAACAGUCACAUAAUCAGGAAGGCAUGUUGAAUAGAACGCGUGAACGAGAGUCAAAAUCUAGAAAAAGACGUAAAUCAUCCAGAAGCAAAUCUGAGCUAGACGUUGAGAAUAACCCUGGUGAACUCAGUUCAAUGCAGGUGUACAAUUCUCAGAUUGUAGAAUUAGAUAACAUGCUCAAGGAACAACACAGUGACAAACACUCACAGCGCAGACCUUCAAGAUCAAGUAGGAAGUCUCUGGAAGACCCCUACAGAUGUAAUGUUGACACUGCUGAUGAAAUGCAGGCCUUAGCUCCCAUGUCAGCAAUAUACUUAGAUAAAGAGGAGCAAACACAUUCUAAUAUCCUGCUAAACAGAACUGAAACACCUUUGUUGCCAGAUCACGAUCAUCUUGCAUCACCAAAUUUAAAGGUAUCCCCUUCUCUCAAGGGACUUCAGUUGUAUGUUCCAAAGCUGGUAAUAACAAAAGUUAAGCAGCGGAGAGGCUCUAAAGAGGUGGAAACACAUCAAGUAAGAGAGGUGCCACCUGAUAGCGAAAGUGAGAUACAUGUACACAGGAGCAAAAAGAGACAGAGGUCUAGUGAUGAAACCAGUAGAAUCAACAGCAGCCAUGAAUGGGAUGAAGCCCCACCCAAGAAGAAGAGUAAAAGCAAGAAACAGAAAGUGAAAGAAGUACAUGAAUCUGAAGAUAUCAUGGAGACACCAACCUUCAGGAAACUGGGAGAUUUACUUGAAAACCUUUUUGAAUUUGAUGAUGAGUGUAAUGCACCAAGCUUUCAUGAUUUGGAUGACCAGGAACCAAAACCAGAAACUCUUCUUUCAAGAUCGGUAGUUCAGGAAUUUUAUGCUGAAAUAGCAAAACUGAAAUCCUUAGGAGUUUUGCACAAGGUACCCUCUGAUGAUUUGAUGAGGCUUCUACAAAUAAUGGAACGGCAUAUCAGGGAUGGCUUACAUUUACAGUUGCAGUGCAAUGCAGAUCAGGAUGAUGAUGAAGAACAAAGACUGUGGCGUGACCUAUGCCUUGACAGAAUGGUUCGAGCAGUAGAGUCUUCUUUGGUUGUUCUUGUAAUCCUGACAUCUCCUUCUGUGCCCAAACAAUUAUACCUUGAAGAAGUCAUUGCCAGGGUUAUUUCAUUCGCUAAAUAUCAACUGAGAAGCAACAUUUUCCCUGAGUAUGAUCCUAUCUACAGAGAAUCAGAUCCUAAUGAAAGUGUUCUUCUGAUUCCCAAAGCCAAGAGAGCCAAGUCAUCUAAUGCAAAGCUCAAGUCAAUGUCAUUAUUUUACAACAAAGUCUGUGAACUUGUCUCACUUUUGGGAGAUCUUGUGGAUAUCCAAGCACUUACUGAUACAGACAUUUUACAGGUUUCAAAUCUGGGGACAUCACCUUUCUUUGUAGAAAACAUUAGUGACCUUCAGCACAGUGCUCUAAAGCUGGUUAGAUCGAUAUUCAGAAAAUAUGUCAAACAUAGGGACUUGAUCCUGGAAGACAUUUUUGCAUCGUUAGCCAAGCUCCCUAGCAGCAAGAGGACACUCAGGAGUUACAGACUUACUGGAGAUCUCUCUAUUCAGAUGGUUACAGCACUGGUGCUUCAGCUUAUUCAAUGCUCAGUUAAAAUUCCAGAAAAAACGGAUGACAUGCAUGAUGUAGCUGAAGAUGAUGAGAACAAACCUCGUAUUGACCGUAACAUUCUUAUCAUCACGUCAUAUGAGAAUGCCCUGAGAACUGCACAGAAUUUCUUGUCGAUGUUUUUGAACAAGUGCAUAAGUGUUGGGAAAGAUGAAGAAGAUUACAGGCCUCUGUUUGAGAACUUUCUUCAAGAUCUGUUGGUUACACUUAACAGACCAGACUGGCCAGCUGCUGAGGUUUUGCUCACUCUUCUUGGCAGAUUGUUGAUUGUGACCUUUAACAAUAAGGCAAAUGAUGUUAGUCUGAGGGUUUCAGCCAUUGACUACCUUGGUGUUGUGGCAGCUCAUUUGAGAAAAGAUGCAGUGAACAGUCAGCAAGACACAGAAAGCAUUACUGAAAUUUUAGUGGAGCAACUAGGGGAAGUCUCUGAGGACUCUGGUGAUGAAGUUUCUCAUCUGGAUGAACGCUCUGGCAAGAGAAACCAAAUCCUUCAGAAAACACUGGCGAACUGGUUGAAUUCAGAGGGUAACACAGAUGCAGCUUUUAUGUUUGCAAGACAGUUCUUCCUGGCCCAGUGGAUUAGGGACAACCAUGUUGAAAUGGAGCGUUGCUUAAGAACUCCAGUGGAAGAUCCCCUUGACAGUGGAGAAGGACUGACCAAUGAUUCCUUCAUAGAUGCACAGAGUAUCACCAAAUUAGAGGACAGAAAGGGUUUCCUGCUUUCUAUUUUGGAUGGAAGAAAUGUGUCAACCAUCAAAUCUUCUCAUAAUAGUUUGGAUUAUGAGCAAGCAGUGCUGGUAACUAGAUAUCUGGCAUCAUCAAGAUCAUUUUCAAAGAGCUUUGAUGCUUAUCUGAGCCAGAUCCUGAGAGUACUCACAGAGAGUGCUGUUGCCAUAAGAACAAAAGCAAUGAAAUCUCUCUCUGCUGUCAUCUCUGCUGAUCCCUCCAUUCUGUCAAGGGAUGAUAUGCAGAAAGGGGUCCAUGCCAAAUUUGUUGACAUGUCAACCAGUGUGAGAGAAGCUGCAGUUGAGCUUAUAGGACGAUUUGUUCUCAACAAACCAGAGCUAAUUCAUCAGUAUUACGACAUGAUAAUUGAGAGGAUACUCGACACUGGGAUAAGUGUAAGGAAAAGAGUGAUUAAAAUCCUCAGGGAUAUUUGCAUCAACCAUCCAGAUUUUCCAAAGGUUACUGAAAUUUGCGUAAAGAUCAUUCGAAGAAUAUGUGACGAAGAAGGAAUAAAGGAACUGGUUACCAAAGUCUUUCAACAGAUGUGGUUUACACCCCUUAAGGGUGAAGAAAACUCAGAUAUUCUUGUGAAACGUGUAGUUCAUAUGACUGAUGUGGUUGCAGCGUGUGGUGAGAGUGGAGACUGGUAUGAGCAGCUCUUGGAAAAUCUGCUGCACAAUGAGGAAGACUCUAUUGCAAAAGCUUCAGAGGAAGCCAGUCAACAAAUUGUUAAUUGCUUGGUUGAAAAUGUGCUGAGUUUGGAGGAAAGAGCUGUUGCUCAGUCUGAAGGAAAAGGCUCCAGUAGCCAGAGAUUGGUGUCCAGCCUGUCUACAUUGUACCUGAUAAGCAAGAUUAAGCCACAGUUGUUAGUAAAACAUGCCAUGACUCUGCAUCCUUACCUUAGUACAAAGUGUAGUACCCAAGGAGACUACCUUGUUAUCCACAACGUUGCACGCAUCUUGGAGCUUGUAGUUCCUUUAAUGGAACAUCCCAGUGAAACAUUCUUGGCAAGUUUAGAGGAAGACCUGAUGAGACUUACUGUCAAACAUGGGCAGACGGUUGUCCAGAGUUGCAUUAGCUGUUUGGGAGCUGUAGUAAAUAAAGUCACUCAUAACAUUAGACUUGUCAAGGACUACUUCCUCAAGUAUCACGGGUACCUAGCAAAGGCCAAAGCAGACAUGACUAAGAAUCCAGGGAAGGCGCAGGUUAACAGACCAACCUUACUAAGGUCUUUGUUUACUCUUGGUCUGCUCUGCAAGCAGUUUGAUUUUGACAGCGACGUGAAACAGAAAAACGAGGGUUCGACUAAGGACAAAGUUUUUGCUGUGUAUAUCUACUUUACUAAGCACUCUGACGAAGAAGUUUGCCAGAAAGCUAUUACAGGGCUAGGAUUUCUUUGUAUGAGAUAUGGUGAGCUGCUUCUGAAGGGAGAGGCCAAGGAACUUUAUCAGGGAAUCCUUUCGCAAGCCAAUAAGCCUUUGAAACUGAAGCUUCAGGUAUUGAAGAACUUGCAGACGCAUCUCUUAGAAGAAGAGAAAAGACUACAUGUCCAAGAUCACCACAGACAUAGGAAAGUCGAAAAAGAGAAAGAAAACCAAAACCUCAAAGAACUUGGAGACACUCAGUCUGGUACAACCAGUGCAGUUAUGCAAGUGUACCUCAAGAGUGUACUGGAGAGCUUCUUGCACCCACAGCCCUCCGUUCGUAUGGCCGCCCUACAUGUUGUAAAUCUAAUUCUGAGGCAAGGUCUUGUUCAUCCUGUGCAGUGUGUUCCGUAUCUGAUCGCCAUUGGAACUGAUGAAGAACAACAAAUGAGAGUCAAAUCGGACCAACAGCUUUCGGAACUUGCGAACAAAUAUUCCAUGUUUGUUCAGAUGAAAGCCCUAGCUGGAAUAAAAAUGUCCUUUGAGCUUCAACGUCUAAUAUACAAGGAUAAGACCACUGCGAUACGUGGCUUCAAAAAAGAAGCAAAUCAUUGUGUACUUGGUCAUUUGUAUUCCAUUAUACGAACAAGUAGACAGCCAAGGCGGUCUCUUUUACAAUCCAUGCUGAGGACAUUUGAUGAUCAUAAGGGCGCUAAGUUGGACCUACUGCUGUAUAUUGCGGAUAACAUGGCGCAUUUUCCUUACUCUGUUCAAGCGGAGCCUUUGUUCGUUAUACAUCACAUUGACACCAUCCUGUCAGUAACAGGUGCAAAUGUGCUCCAGUCCUUCAAAGAGGCCAUGACCCCGGUCGUUAAACCAGCCAUUGAAAAUGAAGGUCAGGUACCCCCUGUUCCAGGCAUAGAGUUCGAAGAAGAGGAAGAAAAUUUUGAGUCUGUCUUAGCUCGCAUCCCCCCAGAUCCAACAAUCUUUGAGCAACGCUGUGUUUCUUCACAGGCUUGUCUUCUUCUCCUCUAUUUAAAACAACAUCUUAAAGAAAUGUAUGGAUUUUCAGACAGUAAAUGUCAUAAGUAUUCACCCUCGGAACCCACGAAGACCUAUGACAAGACUGUAUCUAGGAAAGCAGGAGUUUUCUUCAACCCUGAACAAGUGUUACGUUAUGUUGAAGAGCCAGACGAGGUUAGGAGUCAUGAACGACUUGUACAAGACUAUUUAGAGUUCAAAACUCUGAUGAUGAUGCUUGACCCGUCAGAAGAAGAUAGCGAUGAUUCUGGGAACGGAGGAAGAGAAAGUCCCGUGGGAGAGGGUCAGAUGACGGACCCAGAGGGAAAUAUAAAAACCCCUGGUGCUAAACCACGGGAAAAGCGCGCUCCCAAGCCAAAGAAGGUUGUGAAGGGACGAAAAAUGCCACCAGCGGGACAGUCUAAGGCAAAGACAAAACCAAAAGGAAAGAGGCCUAAAAAGAAAAUAGCAUCCGUAGAUUUGGAUCAGAGUCUGCUGGAAGAAAGUGACGAAGAAAUUGACUUUCUUUGUCAGUAAAGUGGUGGAGACCCCUUUUUUUUUCUUUUUUUUUUUUUUACUUUUUACGAGUAAUAGGAAUUUAUUUAUUGAUUUACUGAAUGCCAAGUAUGGACAUUAUUCUUAGAUGUAACGUAGAGCGAACAUCCCAUGUGGGAAAUUUUUACCUUGCAAAUUUAUGGACAAAAAUUUAAUGUUAAAAGAUUUCAAUCGGAUACAGUGUUACCAUUUUUAUCAUAGUAUUCUAUUGUUCUACUUCGGUUUACUUUUUUGUACAUAAACUUUUUACUAACUAGUCUACCGAAUUUAAGAGGUUACAUUCGCAAUUUUGUACACUGUACGUUACUUUAGAAUCGCGCUUUUCGAAAGUCAAAAGGAUGGGUAUAUAUUUCACUUUGACUCUCAAUUGCAGUUCUUGCAAAAAAGAAUAUCUAAGCGCGUUAUCUUUUUCGAGUGAUGGGGAGAUUUAAUUUCAGUCUGAAUUUAGUUAGGAGUAAGCCAAGCUCUUAGCCGCAAAGAAACCUUCUGUCACCUCACCGUACAUCUAUUGUUAUUUGUUUCAACGUGGCUCUGUAAGCGCAACUAGCUAGAAUUCAUCUUUUUUCAAGUUCACAUAUGGUUUUGUGUUUGUAGAUCACAGACUUUUUUACCCACCUUUUGAGAAUUGUCGCGUUCAGUUUGUGUUGAUGGCAGCCCUUGAUACUGACAGGAAAAGGUUGCUGUCUCUUUUAAGAAUUUCAACAUGAGUGGUUGAUAUUGAGAAAAACACCUUGAACUUAUUGAUAUUGAUCUGGAAGCUUAAACAAGUACCUAGUGUAUACUGUCACAGGCAAAUAAAAAAAUUCAUUUAAUGUUUUCAUUCAAUCGUUACUUGGCCCACGAGAGACCAGAAUUCUCUUCUGCGACUCAAGAGUGAACCACACAUUCAUGUGACAUCUUCCAUUCACCAGGCUAUCCUGGAAAAUAUAAACUGAACUUGGGCGCUUUCCAUUCAACAAAAUUUUCGAGAUUUCCGGUCCGAAAUGGAAUGGAACGGAAAAGUUCCGAGAUAAGUUUUCGAAAAUUUAGGAAUACGGGGCGCUUUCCAUUCGACCAAAAAUUCCGAAAAUUCCGGUCCGAAAUUGAAUGGAACGGUAAAACUUCUGGGAAAUUUUUUCGAAAAUUUAGGAAUACGUUUUGAGUGCACCAUCUUUAAUGGAAUUUCCCGAAUUAUCGAAAAGGACGCGUUCCAUUCGGCCAGCUAAAGUUCCGAGAUUUUGAACCGGUGAUUGUUGUUGAACGGAAAGCGCCCCUUAAUUUAGGGAAGGGACAAUUGAGCAUGUCCACGUUUAACCUAAUCGCUCUACCUAGCUGUUCACUGCUUUAUCAUUGAAUUUGUUAUAUUGGAAUCUUGUUGCAUCGAACCUUUGUCAACUUCGAGAGAUCAACUUUAAUAGUAAAGGUUUCCUUAAAAUUGUAAAUGUAACAAUCCAAGCGUUUCCUUGACUCACCCUGAGACGCGCAAACACUGUAUCUAUUAAAACAUUUUUAACCAGUUGCA